CCGCCCUUUUCACCCCCGGCACAUUCCAGAAGCUUCUUCCCUGCCACCACCACCGCCGCCGCCGCCGCCGCCGGCGAGGAGAGGGACGAGGAUGGGGACCCGUGCCCUUCCGCUCCCUUGCCAAUUCGAGCUCCUCCUCGGCGAAGACCGCGACAGGUGGCCGCCGGAGGCCAGGUUCAUCGAGGCCGCCCACCUCGGCGACGUCCGCGGCAUCAAGGAGAUUGCAAAGGAGCUGGACGUGCACGGGAACGGGAUCCCGGUGACGGUGGCCAGCACGAGCUACAUGGGCAUGAACGCGCUCCACGCCGCCGCCGGCCGCGGCAGGCUGCCCGCGUACCAGUACCUCGUCGAGGAGGUCAAGAUGGACAUUAACAAGCCUGACACCUCCCAGGAUUAUUCACCCGUGGAGCAUGCCGUUACCUACGGCAACCUUCCUGCCGUCAGGUACCUUCUUGAUCAAGGCGCCGAUGUGCAUCAACAACGUUCAGGAAACAUCAGUCUUCUUCAUUCAGCUGCAGCUCAUGGGCACUGUGAAAUAGUAAAGUAUCUUCUCUCUAGAGGAGUGGAUAUUGAUGCACAAUCAAUUAUUGGGACACCACUCGCUUUUGCUGCUCAGAAAGGACAUGCUACUGUUGUGAAGAUACUUUUGCAGCACAAUGCAGAUCCCAACAAGGGUACUCGUAUUCUUGGACCUUUAGACAUGGCGUUACACAAAUCUAAUGUGUCUUGUGCGAAGCUAUUGAUUCAGGGUGGAGCUAAUGUGAGCGGUGCUGGUCCUUGUUAUAAUCCCUUGGUAACGGCUGCAGAGAAGGGCUUAACUGAAGCUAUCAAGUGCUUGUUGGAAGCUGGUGCAAAUCCAAAUGUUCUUGACCAGUUUGGUAGAUUGCCAAUAGAAUUGGCUGCUGAGUAUGGUACACGGGAAGACGUUGAGAUGCUCUUUCCUUCCACCUUGCCAAUUUCAACUGUGACAAAUUGGAGCGUUGACGGUAUCAUUAGUCAUGUGAAGAUGGAAAUCAAGCAGCUUGAGGAUGGCAAUUUUGUCACAACGAUGGUGUCUGACCUGAAACAACAAGGGGAUGACGCAUUUAAGAAGCAGGAUUAUCUGAAUGCAUCGGUGUUCUACACACAGGCUCUGAAGAUGGAUAACUUUGACGCGAAGUUGUUAUCAAACAGGAGCCUUUGCUGGCUUCGCAUGGGUAAUGGGGAAAGGGCUUUUAGUGAUGCACAUGAAUGCACAAAGCUUUGCCCGAAGUGGGCAAAGGCACACUAUCGGCUAGGCGCAGCUUUUAUGUUUGUGAAGGAUUAUAACGGUGCCUAUCAGUCUCUCUCGUGCGCUUUAGAGCUGGACCCCGAAAGUAAGGAGAUCGAGAAAUUGUUCUGGGAGACAAUGGAACUAAUGAGUUAGCUGCUCCACGCCGACAACAGAGAGAAGCUCACGCGGAACGGGAGGAUCUUUACCUGUUCUCUCGAGCAAAACCGCUUAACUUUGAAUUAUGGUGGCCUUUUUUCAUGUAAUUCGUUGACCGCAGCAGCAGAGCAAAACACGUUACUGGCUACUUAUUUUGAGUUUUGUGAAAUUUGCAUCCUGUUUGUAUGGUAGAAGUGUGGCAGUGGAUGAUGAAUUGAAUUGGCCAAGUUAGAGUGAAAUGUUUGGCACUUGUAAAAGAUUGUGGUGUUGCAUUUGCCAAUUCCCAUAUUUUGCACUGUCCAAUCUCUGUACCCUACUGAGUAUGUAAACCCGAGUAUUUUUGUGAUUUGUAUUUGCCAGUUCCAA